AUGACUUGUUCGCGGGUUGCUCUCUUGCUGAUCUGGAGCCCUCUGGAUAAAGCCGUGUACCGUAAAGUCGAGUGUAAACAAGAGAAACAGAACCGCGCGCGCUCUUUUCCUCAUUACCCUCGUGCGUCUCUUCCACGUGGACUGCGACACUACCCUCUCACUUACGUGUUGUGUAGUGCUCUGCGGACCUCCGUGUGUGUGGUUACAGUCUGUGGUUGUGUGGCUCUGUAG